CACUAAUUUUACCAUUGGCAUCUGAGUCCCUUCUCCUGGAUUUCUCGUUGACAAUGCUGAGAUCAGCGUGAUAUGAAUUUGAAGGGGACGCUCUCUCAUGAUUCGUCUUCUAUCAACAGUCUCACGUUGUUUUCAGACCUUCUCUAGAGGCAUUGCUGCAAAGCCCUUGCAAGCAUUCGCUUGCGCCGCCUGUUCGACUAAAUGUCUAGCCCAAGUCAAAGAGGCAGAGGAAGACAUUACAGCUCAACCAAUAGAUUCUGUUCAAGUUUUGAGGAAAUGGGGUUGUAAUAAUGAUGAUUUGGCCAGAAUUUUUGAACGUAACCCACAAUUGCGCAAUGCUGAUAUUGCCCUGAUUCAAUCGAAUCUCUCUGUUCUUAGUCGCGUGGGGCUAAAAGCACCAGACUUGGUAAGGAUCAUCCAUUGUAGGCCUAGGUUUCUUCUUAGUAGUCGGGUUCAUCGUUAUUUUGAUGAAAGGUUUGCAUAUCUUGAUUCCUUGUUUGAGUCAAAGGAAUUGCUUAAGAGAGCCGUCGUGACUAACCCUUCACUGCUAAUCUAUGAUUUUAACGACACCAUUAAACCUGCUCUUGCACAAUAUCAAGAAUUGGGUGUAAGCAAAGAAGAUUUUCUUGCCUUGAUCUGUACCCGGCCCACAAUUAUUCCAAGGACUUCAUUUAAUGAGGAGAAGCUUGCAUAUAUACGCAAGAUGGGGCCUUCCCAGAAUGCAAAGUUGUAUAAAUAUGUGGUUGCAAUAAUCGGGGUCUCUCGGGUGGAAACAAUUCGUGAGAAGUUAGCAAAUUUUGCCCACUUUGGGUUCUCUGAUGAUGAGGUAUUUGAUCUUAUCAGACGGUCUCCUCUUAUCAUGACACUAUCAAUCGAAAAGGUUCAGAGGAAUAUGACGUUCAUAUUGACCACAAUGAAGUUUGAUGCUAAAACAGUUCUUGAAAUCCCACGUCUCCUGUUUAUAAACUUGGAUACAUUGUUGAAGCCACGAGUUCUCCUAAUGAGGAAGUUACAAGACAUGGAUGGUAAGUUGGAAUUUACACAACAUUCAGUAAUGCGUGCUGUGAGGAUGACCGAGAAUAGGUUUGUACGGUCAUUCAUUGAAAGCCAGUCUAAGGAAGUUGCCGAUGAUUUAAUGAAGUUCUAUACGAAAGCAAAAGAAUUUAAGAGCUUAGCAGGGUCAAGAAAGAGGCUUGUUCAAAAAGGCUUUCCAUUUUGAACCCCUCUCAUAUGUUUUGUCAUAAUGUUGCCGCUUCAAUUGAGAUCACAAGUCAUCUAAUCCUUCUUUCACUGGUUCAACAUAGAUGGGGUUUUCCUGGAAACAGGAUUGUCAGUUUUGUGUUUCAUCUGGCAGUUUGGAAUUUAUUUCUUCAUUCUGGUUGUUAAUGGUGACUUGGCAUUCAGGAUGUUAUAGGUAAAGAAAGGACACAUUGGGCUUCAGGGUGGGCAAAUAGUGGAAUAUAGCUUGGAGGAGGAUACUGACUGCACUUGAUGAAAUUCUAGAUGAAUAAACGUGGAAUUUAUCCAUAAUGGGGUGCUCCAUGGUAUAUCUGAACGCUGAAGUUGUAGGAUAAGAAGCCAGAAAAUUCUUUUGAAUGCAUUAAGAUGUUCCUAUUGAGCUGCAUUAUCGAAAGCCAUCUGAAUUUUUGGGCCGAUGGGGUAGACCUUUCUUCUAACCUAAGAAUCAUCUUCAUGUCUCUUAUGUUCUCAUCAAUU